GAUCAUUGGAAAUACAUAAUUCUUCAAUAGUGAAUGGUAGAUCAUUGGUAUGGUCGGUUUUAAAGUGGCAAAUCCAGGCAUGCACUUACACUUUGUGCGAAGGCCUACUGGUUGCAAGUUCAAAGGCAUGCACUUACACUUUGUGCGAAGAUCGUUCCACGUCAUCCACGUUUAUUUCGUUUUUUCCGUCUCAACUACCCCUCCCCUCUUCCUCUCGUUCUCUCCGAUUUCCCAGUGCCGAUCGGCGUAAUUACGUAUAACCCCCAAAUCUCCGGCGGCGCUUUUUAUUUUCAACCCUCGCCGUCCUCGCCUUUCUCUGCACCCAAUACAUGCGCAGAAGAUUGGAUGGGGAAUGCUAACGGGAGAGAAGACGGACUUCCCGGCAGCAGCGAUGAAGUUUCGGGAAGAUCCGACGGCGAAUCCGGCAUGCUUGAUCAGGCGCCAAGCUCGCGAUUUCCUUCAGCUGACCUGAUAUCCAAUUCGCCGCUGCAGAGUCCGCACCGCUCCCCGUCGCCUCUCUUGUUCGCUCCUCAGGUUCCAGUAGCACCACUGCAACCUCAAGGGGGCGAUGGUGCUCCUGUUUUCAAUCAAAUAUGGUCCAGUGAGCCUCAUGUUACUGUUGAUCAUACCCCAGAGCAGGGCAUACCUACUUUGAUAACUUGGAGCCAUGGGGGACACAAUGUAACUGUGGAAGGAUCUUGGGAUAAUUGGAGGUCAAGGAAGAUACUCCAGGGAUCAGGCAAGGACCACAAUGUUAUCUUGGUCCUCCCGUCAGGUGUAUACCAUUACAAGUUCAUUGUAGAUGGCAAAGUUCGAUAUAUUGCUGAUCUUCCUUGGGUGGCAGACGAGUUUGGUCGUGUGUGUAAUAUUCUUGAUGUUAAUAAUCGUGUGCCUGAGAACCUCCUGCACAGUGUCUCAGAGUUCGAGGCCCCGCCGUCACCUGACUCUACCUAUGAUCAGGCAUUUCUAGGGGAAGAAGAUUUUGCCAAGGAUCCAUUGGUAGUUCCUCCUCAACUCCAUCUGGCAGUUCUCGAUUCAGAUAGACCAGAUGAAACUGAUGCUUCUUCCAAGCCGCAGCAUGUGGUGCUUAACCACCUCUUCAUAGAGAAAGAAUGGUCGUCAUCACAGUCUUCUGUUGCUCUUGGUCUUACACAUAGGUUCCAGGCCAAAUAUGUCACGGUUGUCCUCUAUAAACCACUAAGGAGGUAAAUAUCUGAUAUUCUGAUCUCUCAAAUGUGGAUAUUUGCGCUCGAUAAGUAAUUUGGUUUCAGACAACUCUGUGGGUUUUUAUCUCCCAAGUCCCAACUAGUGUAUGACUACAUCUCUGAUCUGAUGAUGCAUUCUCCCUAAUGAUGCCCAAAUGCAAGAAUAUAUAUAUUUAGGCGUACCCUCGAUCCUCUCUGGGUGUUUCCAUCCUUUGCAUUUAUCUUUAGGUGUAGCUAGCAUACAUUCUCAUUGUAGUCUGUUUCAGUUAUCAUGGCUUCGGGGUAUUCAUGAACUAUGGAGUCGAUGUAUAUUACUAUAACAUUGUCAUCAUCACCACUAAUACUACUACUACUAGGAUACAAUCAUCAUCUUCAUGCAGCAUGAUGCUAUUUUUGAGACAUGGCAUGUUUUCACACAUGAAAUAUAUUCAAGUAAUUGAAAAUAGGGACAAUCUAUUCAUGGAGAUAUGCCGUAUUUAGUUAUUUAUAAUCUCUGGCGCAUUCACUUUAUAGUCCUUAAAUUCUCAUCCAUGUAAUUUUAGUCCAUUCACUAACAGAAACGGAAUGUAUGUCCCAAUAGUUACAAGGAUGCUAAGACAAUUGUGUAAUAAGGCUGGUAAUAUAAC